UUCUUCUGACAUACUAUCACACUUCUGCAAAAUUCUUUUUUCUCCAUUAAAUUAAAUUAAAUUAAUUCCUUUUUUCUUUCUUUUUAUUUAUUGUUGAAUUGACCUUGCAUUCCCCAUUUUACCCUCGCCAUAGCCAUUGAGGUCUCUUUCUCUUCUGUUUCAUUCAUUCAUUCUUACAGAAAUAUCUCACCAAAAAGGGUCUUCAAUUUUUCUUCGCUGUCUCUCUGAAACCGACCGACAAUCCCUCUGUUUCUCCUAUCAUCACAUGCUCCAUUUUUAAGGUUCGUGUCUCAUGCUUCAAUUUUUUUUUUUUUUUUUUUAAUGGGAUUCAUUUUCAUACCCCCCGGAAUAUAAACAAUAAUAUCCCUCCUUUCUAUAUAUUCGGCUUCGUUGUUUUGACUUUUUUUUCCUUCUUCAAGCUUAAAAAUACCCUUUUUGUUUUGGUUACAUGGUUGGUUCUGUGUUUUUGUUCUUUUCUACUUUGGAAGGAAAUGAAAUUAGAAAGGGCAAAAAGGAAUUCUGGAUCCUCUGAGAGAAUUGAAGAUGCCGGGAAUUGUUACAAACGGGGUUCAUGAUGAAGGGGAAGGUAAUGGGGUGAAUGGGAACCACUCCCCCGCUAAGGAAAUCGUAACUUCAAUCAAGUCUCCGAGGAGUUCAAUGGGUUCGCAGAGACGUCAAACUGCUGGUCCUAAUUUCCUGGCUGAUGAGGCGGUUGAGCCUUCGAUCGAGCAGCUGUAUGAAAAUGUGUGUGAUAUGCAGAGUUCUGAUCAGUCUCCCUCAAGGCAAAGUUUUGGAUCUGAUGGUGAUGAGUCUAGAAUUGAUUCGGAAUUGCACCAUCUAGUUGGUGGGCGGAUGAGGGAGUUGGAGAUAAUGGAAGAGGAGGUGGAGGUGGAGAGAAGGCCGGGAGAGAGUUCUAGUGGUGAAACGUCUUCUGGAAUUGGUAGUUUAUCCAAUGGUAAGAAGUUGGCUAAGGUGGCUGUGGUUCGAUCUGGUAGUAAUAGUCCAGUUUCCUCAGAAAAAUCCGUCAAAGCAUUGAAUUCACCGACGGGCUCUGACAGUUCACCAAAAUCAAAACCCAAAGGAACUGACAGUUCACCAAAAUCAAAACCAAAAGGAAAAAGUCCUGCAAAACCUCCUCUACAGAAAAAGAAUGGUAGUCCUCUGAGAAAACAAACUAGCGGGGUUAAUGGGAUGAAGAAUUCAAAGAAUUCUCCUUUGAGAAAGUCAGUUUCACAGAAUCGCAUUGACUAUUCGAUUGAAUCAGCAUUAGAUAAACCAGAUCGGGCACCAAUAUUACUAAAGCAAGCAAGAGAUCUUAUGUCAUCCGGAGAUAAUCCACACAAAGCUCUUGAAUCAGCUCUUCAAGCAAUGAAACUGUUUGAGAAGUUUGGUAAUGGUAAACCGAGUUUGGAACUGGUCAUGUGUUUACAUGUUACAGCAGCAAUAUACUGCAGCUUGGGUCAAUACAACGAGGCAAUUCCGAUGCUGGAGCAUUCCAUUGAGAUUCCUGAUACUGGGGAAAGUCAACAGCAUGCUCUUGCUAAAUUUGCCGGUCACAUGCAACUGGGAGACACCUAUGCUAUGUUGGGCCAACUUGAGAAUUCAAUUAUGUGCUACACUGCUGGUUUUGAAGUCCAAAGAGGGAUUUUGGGAGAAACAGACCCAAGAGUUGGUGAAACUUGUCGGUAUUUGGCCGAAGCUAAUGUUCAAGCUUUGCAAUUUAAUGAAGCAGAGAGGCUCUGUCAAAUGGCUCUUGACAUUCAUAGAGCAAAUAGUUCAUCUGCAUCUAUUGAAGAGGCAGCCGAUAGGAGGCUUAUGGGCCUUAUAUAUGAAACAAAGGGGGACCAUGAAGCAGCUCUUGAACACCUUGUUUUAGCCAGCAUGGCAAUGGUAGCGAAUGGUCAGGAAGUAGAAGUGGCAUCUGUUGACUGCAGCAUUGGAGACGCAUACUUAUCCUUGUCUCGAUAUGAUGAGGCUAUCUUCGCGUAUGAAAAAGCACUAACUGUUUUCAUGACCAACAAAGGAGAGAAUCAUCCAACAGUGGGAUCAGUCUUUGUACGUUUGGCCGAAUUGUAUAAUAGGACAGGGAAGAUAAGGGAAUCAAAAUCAUAUUGCGAGAGUGCACUUAAAAUAUAUGAGAAUCCAAUGCCUGGAGUUACUCCAGAGGAGAUUGCUAGCGGUCUUACGAAUCUGUCAACUAUCUAUGAGUCAAUGAAUGAGGUUGAACAGGCACUCAAGUUACUGCAGAAAGCACUGGAGAUAUAUAAUAAUGCCCCUGGUCAGCAAGGUGCAAUAGCAGGGAUUGAAGCUCAGCUAGGGGUCAUGUACUACACAUUGGGAAACUAUACUGAAUCUUACAACACUUUGAAAAAUGCUAUUUCGAAGCUUCGUGCUAUCGGAGAGAAGAAAUCAUCCUUUUUUGGUAUUGCUCUUAAUCAAAUGGGACUUGCCUGUGUGCAGCGUUAUGCCUUAAGUGAGGCUAUAGUAUUAUUUGAGGAAGCAAAGAGUAUUUUGGAACUGGAGUUGGGACCUUAUCACCCUGACACUCUUGGAGUAUAUAGUAAUCUUGCAGGCACAUAUGAUGCAAUUGGCAGGCUUGAUGAUGCAAUUCAAAUUUUGGAGCAUGUUGUUAGUAUGAGGGAGGAAAAGCUUGGGACAGCAAAUCCUGACGUGGCCGAUGAGAAGAGAAGGUUGAGUGAGUUAUUGAAGGAAGCAGGUAGAGUUCGGAGCAGAAAAGUCAGGUCACUAGAGAACCUUUUUGACGGAAAUGCUCCCACUUUAAACAACCUUGUUAUCAAGGCCUGAUAAGGAUUUCCUUUAAAGAAACUCGAUUCUUUGACACUUUACAAGGGACACACCCGGACAGUGUUAAUAUACAAUAUGAUUGAAGUGUUAUACUUUGUGGGGGUAAAAUGGUAUCAUUUGAAGAGUGUAAUAAUUUAUGCUAAUAUUAUUUGUAUUUGUAUGAUAUAUGUUUUUGUAAGUCAUUGUGGUAUACAGAUUAUCCCUUUAUUUGUGUAUACAAUAUUUUUCUUUGCCUUUGUUUCAUUUCAAAUAUCAAGAGAAGACUGUCUAAAACUCUUGGAUAUGGUAUAAUGGUUGACAGAUACAUAUACAUGUUUCUGAACAUUGAACUAUGGUAAUGAUUUAAAUGAAUAAAAAAUGGUAUAUGGUACACCAUAUCAUUUCAUGUUAUUCCA